ACAGCACACAAGCAUGUCGCGACCCAUGAGCAUGGCCGCGGAAGGUCAUGGCACCACUGAGUUGGAUCAUGCGCCUCAGUACGACCUUGCUUUGCGCGACGAGGAGAAGCAAGAAAAGCAGGAGGACCGCAAGGGUAGCCCCAUCUAUCAGGACACCUUUGGUGAUGAGGAGUAUGCCGAGGUCAAGUACAAGGUCCUCAGUUGGUGGCAAUGUGGUUUUCUCAUGGUGGCCGAGACCGUGUCCCUAGGUAUCCUGUCGCUCCCUGCCGUCGUGGGUGUCCUGGGUCUAGUCCCUGCUAUCAUUCUUCUGCUGGGAUUGGGUCUUUUAGCCACCUAUACCGGCUACACUAUCGGCCAGUUCAGAUGGGCCUAUCCGCACAUCCAGAACAUGGCUGAUGCCGGUGAAGUCCUCUUCGGGAGUUUCGGCCGAGAGUUCUUCGGCACCGGUCAACUCCUUCUUGUUGUAUUCAUCAUGGCUAGUCAUAUCUUGACCUUCACGGUCGCCAUGAACACCAUCACCUCGCAUGGCACGUGCACGAUUGUGUUUGGGGUCGUUGGUGUAGUCAUUUCUUUCUUCUUGGCUUUACCCAGGACUUCAGCUAAUGUCGCCUACUUGUCAGUGGCUUCUUUCAUCAGCGUGUUCUCGGCUGUCAUGAUCGUGAUGAUCGCCGUCGGUAUCCAGCGUCCGUACAAGGGCGCUCUCGAAGUUACCGUUGACACUAGCUUAUACGAGGCCUUUCUUGCUGUGUGCAACAUUGUCUUUUCUUUCUCCGGCCAUGUCGCAUUUUUCGGUUUCAUGUCGGAGCUCAAGGAUCCGCGGGACUACCCCAAGUCCCUGUGUCUGCUGCAGGGUAUUGACACGGUCCUCUACAUCGUCACCGCGGUUGUGAUCUACGUCUUCGCUGGACCCAACGUGACCUCCCCGGCUCUAGGUUCAGCCGGACCCAUGAUUGCCAAGAUCUCCUAUGGUAUUGCUCUGCCGACGAUUAUCAUCGGUGGCGUUGUCAACGGCCAUGUCGCAUGCAAAUUUGUCUACGUGCGGCUCUUCCGCAACAGUGACCGCAUGCACAGCCGCGACCUCGUGGCCACCGGCUCAUGGGUUGCUCUCAUGCUGGUCCUGUGGAUCAUCGCCUGGAUUAUCGCCGAAGCCAUUCCUGUCUUCAAUGAUCUUCUUAGUUUGAUUGCUUCCCUCUUUGCCAGUUGGUUUACUUUCGGUUUCAGCGGCAUGUUCUGGCUGUACCUCAACAAGGACCAGCUGUUUGCCAGCCCCAGGAAGAUCGCAUUGACGAUCCUCAACGCAUUGAUUGUGGGGAUCGCCGCCUGUGUGUGUGGCCUCGGAUUGUACGUGUCCGGACGCUCGUUGCAUGAUGACGCAAACGGCUCGAGUUUCUCCUGUGCAAAUAACGCGUGAUCGGAACCAAGGAGUUGUAUAUUUUGUUUGAUC